AUUUUUUCCUUCACUGCCUGCAAGGCUCCUGCUGUUGCUCUUCCAUUUUUCUUCUCACUUAUUUGACCACCCAUCAAGCAGCAACCAUGACCACCAAACUACAGGCCUCCAUAUGUCUGCUGAACGACACCUUUCAAACGUAUGCGAAAGAAGAUGGAAAACAAGACACCCUGUCAAAAUCUGAAGUCAAGAAACUGCUGCAACAGGAACUGCCUGGACUGCUCUCGGAAUCAAAGGACCAAAAGGUGGUGGAUGACCUUAUCAGCGGUCUUGAUAUUGAUAAAGAUGGUGAGGUCGACUUCAUAGAGUUCAUGAUCCUGGUAGCAAGCCUAAGUUGCGCCUACCGUGGACAAGUUCCAAAGAAGAGAGAGUAGACACCAGAUCCUGGGUAGAGACAGAAGACACCAACAAUUGUGUAACAUCUCUGUAAUUCCCCUUGUUUUGUAACAACUGAAUAAAUGAAUUUAUCUUCCUGCA